AUGAGCGGAAAGAUCAUCUUCUUCGAGGGGAGAAACUUCCAGGGCCGCUCAUACGAGUGCAUCAGCGACUGCUCUGAAAUCGCCUCUCACCUGAGCCGAUGCAGCUCCUGCAGGGUGGAGAGUGGGACGUUCAUGGUCUAUGACCAGCCCAACUACAUGGGCCAGCAGUACCUGCUGACCACAGGGGAGUACCCCGAGUAUCAGAACACCAUCGGCUUCAAUGACUGCAUCCAGUCCUGCCGCAUUAUCCCCGCGCACAAGGGACCCUUUAAGAUGAGGAUCUACGAGAGACCUGACUUUGAAGGCCAGAUGCAUGAGCUGACCGACGACUGCGACUCCAUUCAGGAUCACUAUCACAUGUCGGACAUGCAGUCCUGCCACGUGGUGGAAGGCUACUGGCUGAUGUUCGAGCAGCCGAACUAUGAGGGCAAGAUGUUUUACCUGAGACCAGGAAAAUACAGGAACCUCGGCGAGCUGAGCAGCGAUGAUAUGAGGUUCAAUUCAGUCAGGCGCAUCACAGAGACCGUCUAG